GAAAAAAAAAAAAAAAAUUGGAAUUUAAAAGACAACACAUCAUUCGAGUGUUGCAAAAACAGUAAUAAAUUUUUUUUUUGUUGGAUCAGUGUUCCCAAAAUAAUUCAACUGACCAACAAGCAACACUGACAUAGGGAUACAUAUUUUUAUUUUUAUUUCUGGCGCUUUCCCGGCUUCCAUGAGUUCAUAGCAAUAAAAGAGUAGAUAUUAGAAAGAAUAGACAUUUAGAUAGAACCCGUUAUGAUUGCUAGAAGAUGGAUUUCAAGCUCUUUCCCAAGACUCGAAAGUGUUCAGUCGUCUCAGACUCAACUGUACUUGAACACGAUCUUGUCAAAGAUUUCCAAAAAAGACACCACCAAAAUUGAUGUUGCUUCAAAGGGAAGUGUCCCAAGUUCAAAGGAUUCAUCUACUCCGACAGCCCCAGUUUAUAAAAGAUCAACCCAUCCAACUUCAGUGCCCUUAAACAAAUUAUUUUCGCUGAAUUUCCCGUAUUCGGUAACGGACUCAGUCAAUGAUUAUUCCUAUCGAGAGAAUCCAUUAGCUUUCCAACAUGAUCUCUUGUCAUUAUUACCAUUUUAUCCCGAGCCAGAUAUGGCUACUGGGAGAUCCAGUAAAGUGUUCAAAGUGAUGUUGGAAGAUGGAGUCGAAGAUGGUAAUUUUAUCAAUGAAUUUUGCAUUUAUCCCGAGGGGAAAUCUGAAGCGGACCCACCAUCUUCAAUGAACCAUUUGAUCAUGGUCCAUGGGUAUGGAGGUGGGUUGGGGUUCUUUCUCAAGAACUUUGAUGAAAUCUCUCUCAAAUCUGAUAAUUGGUGUAUUCAUGCGAUAGAUCUUCUUGGAUAUGGAUGUUCACUGAGACCUCCAUUUGAACUUGAAGAAGAAACUUUGGACCAUGUAGAAGAUUGGUUCCAUAACUCUUACCAAACAUGGUUAAGGAAAAGAGGAUUAGACCAAGUGCCUCGAGAACAAAUAUUAGUUAUGGCUCAUUCCAUGGGUGCUUAUUUGAUGACAACCUAUGGGAUCCGUAAAGAUCCUAAAUUUUGUGAAAAGCUUCUAAUGAUAUCUCCAGGAGCGGUGAUCAAACAUCGGGUUGAAGUCAAUGUACCAACGUAUUUCGCCAAACUUUGGGAACGAAACAUAUCACCGUUUGUAUUGGUGAGAAAGGCAGGUCCAUUAGGAUCGAAAGUUGUCUCACUUUGGUCAUCACGUAGAUUUGCCAAGCUUCCAGAAGAAGAAGCACUUAGACUCCACAAGUAUGCGUAUGGAAUCUUCCAAUCUCCGGGCUCGGGGGAGUAUAUGUUGAAUUAUCUCCUUGCACCAGGAGCGGAUGCUAGACAUCCCCUUGUGGACCGAGGGAUGGAUAAACUUCGAUGCAACUUUUUAUGGUGUUACGGGAAAGAAGAUUGGAUGGAUAUCCAAGGAGGACAGGAAUGUUCAGAGAUCAUCCGGAAAUCAGGGUAUAACAGUGAAGUUAUGGAGAUUGAAGACUCGGGACACCAUGUUUAUUUGGACAACAUCUCAGCAUUCAAUGAGUUAAUGAUCAAGGAAAUGGGUAAGUUUGACAAAGUAGAACAAAAAUAAUUAAUAGGUAAAUAAAAUGAAAACGGUAGAACAA